AUGGGCGUGCGGUGCGGGCAGGAAGGCCCAGCAACAAUCGAGUGCUCUUCCACCGCGCGUCGGCCCGCCCACGUACUUGUCUGCGCCUCCACCUCCACCGUGCUUCGCCGGCGGCCGGCGCUCCACCUCCACGCCGAUAUGGGCGGCGGGAGGAAGCGGCGGCGGCGCGACGGCUCAGAGGCGCCGUCGAUGCACCCGCGGAACCGCUACGCCGCCGCCGCGCCGGAUUUCGCCGCGCUGGCGGAGCUCUACCCGUCCUUCCGCCCCUUCGUCUCCGUCACCGACCGCGGCCGCGCGUCCGUCGACUUCACCGACUUCUCCGCCACCCGGGAGCUCACGCGCGUGCUCCUCCUCCACGACCAUGGCGUCAACUGGUGGAUUCCAGAUGGACAGCUCUGCCCUACUGUUCCAAACAGGUCCAACUACAUUCACUGGAUCGAGGAUCUUCUCUCCUCAGAUCUGAUACCACCAAUAUCCAGCUCAAGUGAGAGAGUGAAGGGCUUUGACAUUGGAACAGGUGCCAAUUGCAUCUACCCUCUCAUUGGAGCAUCUUUACUGGGAUGGACAUUUGUUGGAUCUGACAUCACUAAUGUUGCUCUUGAAUGGGCUAAGAAGAACGUGGAGAGCAAUCCACGCCUAGCAGAGCUAAUUGAAAUCAGAAAUGCAAACGUCCCGUCCUCUGAAUCUGAAACUGUUGUCAGGGAAGGUGCCAGGGAGAAGAUUCUAGAGCCUGCGGAGGAUGUAGCUAUGCCAAAGCCACAUAUCCUUGUGGGUGUUGUAAACGAGAGUGAGAGCUUUGACUUCUGUAUGUGCAAUCCUCCAUUCUUUGAGAGCAUAGAGGAAGCUGGUCUUAACCCAAAAACAUCGUGCGGCGGGACAGCUGAAGAGAUGGUUUGCCCUGGUGGCGAGCUGGCAUUUGCUACACAAAUCAUUGAAGAUAGUGUUUCCCUUAAGAACUCUUUCAGGUGGUUUACAUCGAUGAUCGGCAGAAAGGCAAACUUAAAGUUAUUGAUCUCAAAGGUCACGUUGUCAGAUGAGCAGAUUGAGGCUGCAAUAUUGCAUGGGGAUGAUUUUGCCGGUUCUCUAGAAGACAGCGCUGCAAAGUUACAAAGUGUUGUCAAGGGAAUAUCAUUUCGUAUUACAGUGUUUGAACAAUUUCCUGGGACCCUCCUAAUCAAAGGUUCAUUAUUGAAUAAAGCAUUAUCAGGAACUUUCUCAUCAUUAUUCUCUCAGUUGGAGGACGCGUUAAGGAUGGAAUGCCUCAGUAAGGACCUAUGUGCUGAUGUAUACAGGACCUAUGUGAUGAUGUGGAAGCAUAGACAAGCUAAACAUGGUGUGCUGAGGAGUAUCCAUCAGCGUCCCAGCUAA